AUGCAUAGAUUAAUUUUAAUGAUCUUUGGAUGCAAUAGUUUAAAUGUAAUACAACAAAAGGUAAUACGAUUUGCACCUGGAAUCGAUUGCACACAAGGAUGUGAUUUUAAUAAUCCAUUGGCGUGGAUUGGAGAGACAGUCCCAAAUGGUCCAAACGACAUUGCAGUGAUUGAUUUCUCCAACUCUCCUUUUUUUAUUGGUCCACAAAUCAUAUUUGUCAAAGAUGUUAUAAUGGUUGGUGGAUUGUAUCUCGAUACCAAUGAUGUUAACCCAAUCGAAUUUCAAGUAUUUGAAGAUAUAAAGAUAACAGGAAAUUUUGAUAUAUUGCAAUAUGUAACUGUCAAGACUAUGGGAUCCAAUGGAAAUAUAAUGACUGGUGGAAACACAUCGAUUAUGGAAACAAGUGCAUUGGAUAUUAAUAUCGGUAGUAUAUUUGCAACUUCCAAACUUUUGGCUCAACCCAAUUCCAAUGUAUCUAUUACUGCAGCUACUUUGGAUGGUGAUAUUAUAGUUUCGUCUGGUGUCUUGAAUCUUGACAAUGUAUCUGUUUUAGGAUCACUUUUAGCAAACAAUUCAAUUGUAACAAUCAACCAAUCCAUUUCGAUUCAAGGUGACACUAUAUUUGAUGGUGAUUGUUCUGUUAUCCUCUCACUUGACCAACUGUCAUCAUCUCCAAAUACCGGUGUUCCAUUGAUGGGGGUUGGAUUCCUAACAUUUUCAACAGAAACUACACUUGAACUUCGAAUUCAACCUACGACACUUGUCGAACCAAACUCUACCUAUUAUAUUGCAUCAAGUUCCAAUCCAAUCCAAUUAAAGAAUCCAACCAUACAAUGUAUCAUUACACUACCAACUGGAUUACCUUUACAAAUAGAGUACUCUUUUUCAUUGGAUUAUAAAGAUUUAUCUUAUUAUCUUGUAUUGAAUACUCAACCAACCAACCAACCAACCAGCAGCAUUGACAACGAAUAUGAAUAA